CGUCCGAGCAAUGAACAGCCAAAAGAAAAGAUCCAUUUAAACGGAGAGAUUAGUUUAUGGUCCCCUACUUGUUCCUAAAAUGUUAUUCAUUGUCAUCCUCUUCUCUCUCUCUCUCUGCCCACAACCCCACUGAAGUCAUAUAUCAUGGCUUCAGCAACAGCCACCGAAGCCUCUGAUGAUGCCGGCCCGCCUCUCUUGCGGCAGCUCCGCCACCAAGAUCUCUCCCUCUUCCUCCCCUUCAUGCUUGGUCUCUCCAACGACCACCAGCCUCCACCGGGGCAACCCAACAGGAUUGUCCUGAUCAACCUGAUCACCCAGGGCACGGUGGUUCUCGACCCUGUCCUACUCCACCGUCUACUGCCACAAUCCCCGAUGGAUUCCCCCCCUCCGCCCGCCGCGGUGCCGUCCAUCGAAGCCCUGCCCACAGUGGAAACUAUCACGGCCAACGAAAGCACGGCUCCCUGCUGCGUGAUAUGCUUGGAAGAGUGGGGGGAGUGGGCCAGGGAGAUGCCAUGCCAGCAUAGGUUCCAUGGGGACUGCAUAGAGAAGUGGCUUAGGAUUCACGGGUCCUGCCCUGUCUGCCGGUACAGGAUGCCCGUGGACGAAGUGGAGUCCCAGAAGCUCACCGGAGAUACUGACAUGACAUCAAAUCCCUACUACCGCUAUGAUCAUUACGGGCGCAGAGACGCCGACAUCUGGAUCAGCUUUUCCUUCUCGAGGAGUACUCGAAGUUCCGGUGAUGACAACUCAACCUUCUCAGAGCAGGUCAAUCGGGACAAGCCCGUUGCAAUCACCAAUUGAAGUCAUCAUUUGAAGAGCUUUCAUCGAUCACGCAUAUUGCCUCCGUCUAAAGAAAGAGCGGAGAGCUUUUGUGGAGUCAAAGAAACUACCUUUUAUCAUGGUCGCAAAAUUUGGUUGUAGAUGAAAGUUAUCAUUUGAUUGCAGAUCAUGAAAUUAUGGAGUGAGUUUUUCAUAUUAGGAAAUAUAACAUUUGAAUAAGGUUGUAUCAAUCAAUUAGGUUAAUUGAUACCAUUAGGAUUUCCUAAUGUCGCAUUAGAUUUUACAAUAGUAUUUUGAUAUUAUUUCUAUCCUAGGCCGAUUGCUUCUUGAGACUAUAAAUAGGCUAGUAAUUCUAUGUAUUUGAGAAGUCAGUGAGUCAGUCUAAAUAAUAAACUCCCGUGACUUUGGCUUCUGACUA